AUGUGUUGUUUGUCUGGGGCCUCAGCUGAGCUGAUGACCAGGCGGGUCAGGCAGCAGCGGCAGCAGCAGCUCCUGAUGAUGAACCUGCAUCUGCUGGCCAAUCCUGGAGACUCGUUGCUGCUACAGCAGACUCUGGAUCGCCUGCUGCGCUGGCUCUGUCCAAGCCUCCGCAUCUUUCACGUGUCUGAGAGGGCCUCCCCGUUCAGAGGCUACACCCGCCUCUGUCCUGUGGCAGGCUACCCGUCGUUGGCCAUCACUUUCUUCCUCCAUGAGGCGUAUGGAGAGGAGCGAAUCCUCAAAGUGCUAGACUUCUUCCAGCGGCCUCCCUGGCAGUACCACCACACUGAGAGCUGUGGCAGCAGGACCGGGGGGAUCCAUAUUUCAUCCAGCAGCUCGCCUUCCAACGCCCUCCUGCGGCCCUACCUCCUGCCCAGCAGGGACUUCUACAGCCUGGGUGCAGGAAUGCCGGUGUGGGGGGUGCGGCCUGUGCACUGCGGAGGAGAAAUACUGCGCCUCACCCUCUACAGCGGCUACGACAACUAUGAGGACGCUGUGCGGCUGUACGAGACGGUGCUGCAGCGGCAGGCAGAGGAGCAGAAGACCGGCUUCUGCUGGUUCACCCUCCACAUAGAGCCAGGGCUGUGCCUUCAGCUGGCCUUAAAGCAGCUCUCACCGGGGGUUCGAGUGGAGCCGUGCAGUUCUGCUGUGCUGCAGUUUAGUGUUGAAGAGAUCGGCCAACUCGUUCCCCUCCUACCUAACCCCUGCACCCCCAUCAGCCCCUCACGCUGGCAGACAGAAGAUUUGGACGGCAACAAGCUCCUCUUUCAGGUGAAAACCCCAACUCAGCCUCUACGAACUCUAACAUGUGCUUUUCCCCCCAUUGGCUCAAGUGUGUGCCCACGAGGGCUGCAGCUCAGGAGCUCAGGCCAAGGCCUCACAACCCCUCUGUCCUGGCAGACUCACAGCCAAGGACUCAAACCGCACAGUGACCCUCUUUUGGAAAAGCUUCCUGGAGGGAUAGUUGGAGCGGAGAGUCUGGGAUCAGGAAGCUGCUGCAGCAGCCCUCCUGGCAGCUCCUGUUACUCGUCCCAGCGCAGCAGCCCCGCCCAGCUCUCUGCCUCCAACCCCUCCAGCUCCCCCCUGCGCCCCUCCAUCUCUCGAUCUCACCCCCAUCUCCUCCUGGAACAAGAUGAGGAGGAGGCAGAGACCAAUGUUGACACGGGAGCUGCUGUCUCUCCUCGCCCCGAGACGGCGGUCAGAGCGAUGCCCCGCUCCGCCUCCAGCAGCCUUUUGAUGGCUGUCCGGUCUGAGAGGCCGGCGGCUGUCGGGGCUUCAUCUGUCGAGGAGCUGGCCAAGGAGUUGACCGAAUGCCUGCCACGGCCACACGCGCCCCCACACAGGCCUUCGGGAACGUGGGCACCGGGGGGCUGCACGGACGCAGCCUUUGGGAGCAGGACCGCAGCCGCAGGACAGAGCCCCUCCAACAAGCUCUUGGCAGAGAGAAGUACGACCGCUGAGCCGUUGUCCCCACGUACAAACAAUGGUGAGCCGGUCGACGAGUUCUUCAUCUAA